UUUUGAGUUGAAUUUCAAAUUCGUUGCAAUGGCGGAGAAGCAACUCAUACUCGUUGUCGAAAGGACUGCUGCCAUGGGUCCUUUUUGGAACACAGUUCUCACUGAUUAUCUCGAGAAAAUUAUCAGGUCCUUUGCUGCAAGCGAUGUGACAACUCAGAAACCUCCGUCAGUUGCUUUGGGUUCAACAUUUGAGCUUGCAUUGGUAGUGUUCAAUACGCAUGGACCUUAUUCUGAUUCCUUGGUUCAAAGAAGUGGCUGGACUCGAGACAUUGACAAUUUCCUUAGCUGGCUGUGUUCACUAGAAUUUUCUGGUGGAGGAUGGAAUGAUGCUGCAACUGCUGAAGGCCUUGCAGAGGCUUUGAUGAUGUUUGCCAUUCCUCAAAAUGGAUUCGAGAGUCAGCAGAGCUUCGAUGGAAAAAGACAUUGCAUUCUUGUUUCUGCCAGUAAUCCUUAUCCUUUGCCAACACCAGUGUACCGCCCAGCAAUAGAAAAACUCAAUCAGGAUGAAAAUAGCGAAGCUCAUUCUGAGAAUCUUCUAAAUGAUGCUGAGACAGUAUCCAAGUGGUUUGGUCUGUGUUCGGUCUCUUUGUCCGUCAUUUGUCCCAAACCUCUACCCAAGCUUAAAGCAAUAUAUAACGCUGGUAAGCGUAACCAGAGGGCUUCUGAUCCAGCAGUUGAUGUUAAACAGCCUCACUUCUUUGUUCAGAUAUCAGAUAGCUUCAUGGAGGCUCUUGCUGCUUUAAGUCGGUCUGGAAUGACACAAAGUCAGAACAUUGUCGCAUCUGUGCUUCCUGGUUCAGGGCCUCCUACGUCUAUGCCAACAGCAAAUGUAUCUAUCAUGAAUAGGCCACCCACUUUGACAGGCAAUGUUCCGCAAGCAACUGUUAAAAUUGAGCCAAGUACAGUGACUUCCCUGGCACCUGGAAAUGUUAUUCCUCAUAUGCCUUCCAUUGCCCGUGCUGCUGUUCAAGGUGUGUCUAAUUUACAGGCUACUUCACCACCUUCCGUGUCGCAGGAGCUACCUACAACUAAUGAGAAUGUUGCAGAAUUGAAGCCUAUGGUUAGCAUGUCUCAGCCUGGACGCCCUGUGGGUGCCAUUCUUAAUAAUAUCUCUCAAGCACGGGUGGCCCUCACAGGAGGAACUUCUCUGGGGUUGCCGUCAAUGGGUGGGAACUCUAUUGGUAUGCACAUGUCAAAUAUGAUGUCUAAUGGAAUGACAUCGAGUGUGCCGGCUUCUCAAACUGUAUUGUCUUCUGGACAGUCGGACAUCACUGCUGUAUCUGGGGCUGGAUGUAUUAUUGGAACUACUCAACCUAUACAGAGUUCAACGCUGAAUUCAUUUUCUUCUGCUACUUCCAAUAUGUCUGGGAAUUCAAACCUUGGCAUAUCUCAACCACUGGCUAAUCUUCAAGGAAAUGUGAAUAAUACGUUGGGUCAACCAAUAACUGGGAUUGGUCAGGGAAAUGUUCCGUCUAUGACACAUAGUGGAUCUAGUAUGAAUCCAAACACAAUGAACAUUAGUUCGACAGGUGCUCCAUCGGGUACGGGCUCUUUGAUGCCUACUCCGGGCAUAGCUCAGCAGGUACAACAAGGAAUGCAGUCUGUUGGAGUGAAUAAUUCAGCUGCUAAUAUGUCAAUGUCACAACAAGCUACGGCGUCUUUACAAUCUUCACAAUCCAAAUACGUUAAAGUAUGGGAGGGAAAUUUGUCUGGACAAAGACAAGGACAGCCUGUUUUUAUCACUAGACUGGAGGGUUACAGGAAUGCAGCAGCCUCAGAAUCACUUGCAGCAAACUGGCCACCUACCAUGCAAAUAGUCCGUCUAAUUUCUCAGGAUCACAUGAACAACAAGCAAUAUGUUGGCAAAGCAGAUUUUCUUGUUUUCAGGGCCAUGAAUCAGCAUGGAUUUCUUGCUCAGCUACAAGAAAAGAAGCUUUGUGCUGUUAUUCAGCUGCCAUCGCAGACGCUACUGCUGUCAGUUUCUGAUAAAGCUUGCCGCUUAAUAGGAAUGCUUUUCCCUGGAGAUAUGGUCGUUUUUAAACCUCAAAUACCUAGUCAGCAACAGCAACAGCAGCAGCAGCAGCAGCAACAGAAUCAGCAGAUGCAGCAGCAGCAGCAGUCGACACACCCGCAGCUGCAGACGCAACAGCAACAGAACCUGCAACAGUUGCAGCAACAUCAACACCAACAGUUGCAGCAGCAGCAGCAGCAGCAACAGCAACAGAACAUGCAACAGUUGCAUCAACAACAAACCAUGCAACAAUUGCAGCAACAGCAACAGCAGCAGAUGCAACAGCAGCAGCUUCCACAGAUGCAGCAACCUCAAACAAUGCAACCACAGCUUCAGCAUUUACCGCAGCAACAAACGAUGCAACAACUGCAACAGCAACAACAACAACAAAUUCCACAGCAGUUGCAACAGCUGCAACAACAAUCUCAACCUCAGCAAAUGGUUGGCACUGGAAUGAAUCAGGGUUAUAUGCAAGGUCCUGGUCGACCUCAGUUGGUUCCUCAGGGACAGGUACCAUCACAAGGAACCCCACCAAAUAUGCCUGGCGGUGGAUUCAUGGGCUAGUCACUUGAAUGAAUUAUGGAAAUAUUUAUGCAAUUGAUUGAACUCGCAUCUAAAAAUGUCUCGCUUGUUCUUUACUAGUUGGGUUCGCACUGCGAAGUUAAUUCGUUUUGAAUAUUGUCUAAUUGGGUUAUACUAACUAUCUUCAGGGGUGAAUUAACAUCUGGUCUAUUGUAUUUUAAACCCGACUUUCCUUACUAAUUUGUAAUAUAUUGGGACCUAAAUAUCUGUGGGCUAAGCAGUACAAAUGAAGUUCUGGAUUGAAUAGCUAUAUUUUUUAUAUUUGUGAUUUGUGAUACCUUUUAAAACUAGUAGCUUUAGACUUCUCGUCUUUAAAACACUCAUGUAAGUUUUAUUGGCAUUUUACAACCUUUUAACUUAUCAUCUAAAAUUUCUAACUUCUUGUUAUUUAGCUAUUUUAUAGUGUGCUGGUGAUUUAAUUAAUAA